ACUGGAAUUAGCAUGCGAGCAAAACCGCGGUGGCCACAGUGUAGCUGAAGAUGUGCUGAUCAGCUGAUUCUGCAGACUCAUCAAUAUGACGACACGUCCCCUCAGCCCCUUUGAUCAAUAGAUCAAAGAAAAUGUCAGAGGAAAUACACGCCCCCUCCAGCAGUAUAUAACACACUUUACACAGGUAUAUAACACACUCAUUCACACCAGAACAGCAGAGCAGAACCACAGACAGACAGAACCACAGACAGACAGACAGACAGAAGCUGCGAAACCAUGAGGUCCGCUAUGAAGUUCGCUUUGAUGAUGGCGGUGUGUGUGGUGGCUCUGGCCGGAUUAAGGGUGCAGGGAGCGUCUCUGAAGAAGAACAGCGGUCCUCAUAAAGAACCCUCACACUGUCUGGUCCUGGAUCAGCAGAUAAAGGGCUCUGCCGCCUCCAUCCGACCAAUCAACAAUGACUCCAUCUCUCCCUGGGAGUACACUUACACUGAGGAUCCUGAUCUGUACCCGUCGGUGAUCAGCAGUGCUCGGUGUCUGCUGACCGGCUGUCUGAACGUGAGCGGGGACGAGGUUCUGGACGUGGAGUCCAAACCCAUCGAGAGGCAGAUCCUGGUUCUGAGACGAGUCAAAACCAGCAAAACGGACUUCCACUUUAAACUGGAGUAUAAAACCAUCACAGUGGGCUGCACCUGCGUCCGGCCCCACGUCCAGAACAUCUGAAUCUGAGAGGUGGAACCAACAGAACCAACAGAACCAACGGAACCGGCAGAACCUGAUCUAACCCAGCUGCUCCUACACCUGCUGAUCCUCACUGAUCCUCACUGAUCUUCACCAGGACUGAUAUUUAUUCCCAUCAUCCAGAACCUUCAACAGGAGAGUGUUAUUUAUUAAUAUUACUGUUUAUUAUGGAUUAGGUAGCUAAAUAAUAUUUUAUAAGAUUUUUUAUGAUGUUAUUUAUUAAGUUUUAAUUGUUUUAAUGCUUGUAAAUUAAGUAAUUUAAUCUUAUACAUUAAAGAAGUGUUGGCAUACUAAUUGUGGGUGAUGUGUUUUGUGAAUUAAACUGACUGACAGGGCCGCCGCUCUGCAUACGCAGACAACGCAGCCAGCGUUAGGCCUCAACCAUUUUGCAGUUGCAGGGAGCCAAAUUGACUGAGAAUGAAAUGUGUUGAAAUUAUGACAUUAUUAAAUUUAAAACCCAAUGUGAAUUAUUUAUGAUACGCUCAUCUUUUUUGUCUUUAAACAUUGCAUGGGGCACCUACUCUACUACUUAAAAGCGGCACGUUAUUAUUUUUGUGCAUAAUAUAAUGCCCCCACCCCUAUUGCCUGAAAUGGCACGGCUCGGUUUGCUCUGUUGGUUGUUGCCAGAUGUGACAUUUUCCAGUCAAAUAAAUAAUCAAAAAAUGCAUGGAGGCGCUAAAUCUUGCGCAUGUUUAACCAUUUUUAAAGUGUAUGUGGCCAUUCUAUACAAAAACUUGUCCAGUGCAAUAUUUGUGUAAGUUAAAAACUUAAAAUAAAAUAAACAAAUAGGAUGAAAAAUCGUAACUUAUCUGGCAACCUUAGUCCUAACUAAAGUAGCAACGCUACUUGAGUUUGGCAGGAGACAAGUUCACCGCGCGAAGUUGCUACUAAAUGGUAAUUCAACUAUGAAGCGACGGUUUGAGUCUGGAGCUGAGAAGAAGAAAAAGAAGCAGAAAGAUGAGGCCCAUGCAUCCCUUUCUGGUGAGUAACUUCGAUGAUAAAGGUUUAAAUAGUUUUGAUUACUUCAUGUUCAGUGGUGUUGCCUGAGCUAGUUACGUUGGCUUUGCUGAUUUGGUAGCUUUAAACGCUUAACUAGAAACUAAUCUGGGUAUUGCAAGGCACGUGGCACGUUUGCAAAUAGUAGUAGUGUAGUUUGAAGAUUUUUAGUGACUUUAAUAAAAAAUUAAUAAACAGAGUAGCCUACCUAUUGACUAAUGC